AUGCAUAACUAUAAUGUUGACGCCAAUGCCGCUGAUGCCGCUGUACUUCCUUCCUCACUAGAAGAGCAAAUUGGCUACACCUUCACAACUCAGCUCGGAAAUUACAACAUUUCUUUGCAAGAGUUUCGCUCAUCUUGUCCUGAUAUCGUGAAGAUCAAAUAUUCUGUAUCAGACCAAUAUGGCAGAAACCUUCGUCGAAGGGCAGGCCUUGGAGACAUUGAAGGCGAGGUGAAAGACCAAAAGAAGCCACUUCUUGAUGUUAUAUCAAAUGAGAUCCGAAAGGAGACAGAAUGGACUAUGCCAGAAUUCAUGGAAUUUAACAAGGAGAGUGAGGAAGGGGGCAGGGUGUUAAAACACAUUAUCGAAGCCAUCCCAGGCCUGCAACCUGACAUAGUCGACUAUUUGGAUCGUCGACUAUCGAUGCGACCAAGCACGCUCCUAGACUCGGAUUCCUUUCAAAUACUCAAUCGACAAGUGUCCAAAAACUUCCUUGAAAAUACCGAUCCGUCCACUUUCCUCGUCGGUAUCGGGAUACGGCUUGCAAUAUCGACGCAGGUUGUCGCCAUCACGAUCAAUUUUCUGGAUUCAUACCACGUAAUGGAGGACAUGCACCACACUAUUCGGGGGGUACGGAUUUCUGAAAUCUCUGUAACGGCUGUCUUGAUGCAGCUUGCUCUAUAUGCUCUGGAGCAGGAAAACCACGCGUCGAGAGAGUCCACGGAGUUCACUAGAAGACAUCUAGCACGGUUAUGUGUGCCAAAAGAUUACGCUCCUGUCUGUACGGCCACUGAGUAUAUCCACAACUAUGGGAAAAGAAGACUUGCCGGUGUAUCUCACGAGGUGGCCUGUGGCUUAGUGCUCCCACGAAAAGUCCAGGCAACAUUUUUCUUGGAAGACCUAAAUUCCUUGCUCAAAGAGACCCGCGAAGUCUGCUGGGUGUGCUUUCAUGGUAGCCAAUCAGAGCUACAGAAAAUACUCCUCGAAUUAAUUCAACAACUCAUCAACACAUACCUAACUUUGGCUGGAGAAUGGUUGAGGCCUAAGUCCGACAUGACCCAUUCGUCCGAGCUAUUUUCAAAUUUCGGACAGGUUUUUAUGCUAUCGGGCUAUCUAAGCAAUGGAGAUGCCAAUCUUUUCAAGUAUGCGAUUAACUUUAUCAUACAAGGCGCUGACAACGUGUUGGGCGGAAUUAAACCGGAGUUGGCCAGAUCUAUGCUUUAUGUGAAUGCCGCCGCCGUAAGAUUAAGUGUUGGCCAGGUUAUCCCUGCAAAUAUUGCUUCGAACAAGAAAGAGAAGACGCUUUCGAAAUCCGCGUCGAGUCACAUUCCACUAGAUUUAACAUCGUCGUGUGUUGGUGAAGCUGUCAGUCUCGAACCCCUUCACGAAAAUAGCAUGAAUGGCGACAACAGCCUGCGAAGUACUCCAAAGACCGCCAACUUCAUACGGGAAGACCAAGACAGGGGUAUCGAUGAUAGUAUGGACUGUCAGCGCGUCUACACUCUCGGAUCUAUCGUGUUCGACACCUCAGCCUCCUUGCAGCAGGGCAUUACAAUAGUACCUAUUGAGGCACACAUGGCUGAUAGUGACAUGCACCCCUCUGGACAGGCCACUUUCAAGCUGACCGACAAAACAGCUAUCGAGCUGGCAAAAAUGCAUAAAUAUAUCUAUUCUCAGCAGUCCCUUCUGUACGGCGGAGAAUGGUACAGCGACAUUCGACAACAGGAGCUAGACCACUUGAAUGGCCAGUUCGCGACAGCAUUAAAGAACUUAUACUACAAUAUCGACUACGAAGCCCUUGGAACGAAAUAUCACAAGGCAUCGGCUGAUACUUGCAGUCGUGUGGAGUCCCUGAUUUCAGCUAUGCUAUACUCUCGAUACGCGUUGCGCUUUGGCUUGUGGGCGUUCCUAUCCGACUUUAUCUGA